GGAAAACAGGUCUACAGAUUGCUCACUCCCUACGUCCCGGCCAGCACGCACACACACAGACUUGGGGCUGUUGUGAAAUCAUCUCCUGUACGACCGGCAGGGAAAUGUCCUAGUGAAGGCACCGCGCAGCUCCGGGCAAGAGGUUGCUUCACACCGCCCAUGGAUGACUUACCUAGAUUAUGACCUCAAAUAAGAACCCGCGCUUUAACCAUUUCUCAGCUGGAGCCUCCAAUCUAACGUUAACCGAAAACAGCAACGGGACAAGAAUGGAGACAACGUUUGGUCCUGCAUUCUCAGCAGUGACAACCAUUACUAAAGCUGAUGGAACCAAGCACCGCCGGACCCCCUCCACAUCCAGUACGCUGGCAUUUUCCCCCCGGGAUGAAGAUGACGUUAUGCCUCCAAUCAGCACCCCGAGACGCUCGGAUUCUGCCAUUUCUGUGCGGUCCCUGCAUUCGGAGUCCACCAUGUCCCUAAGGUCGACGUUCUCGCUUCACGAAGAAGAAGAAGAGCCGGACCCGCUAGUGUUUGCGGAGCAGCCCUCGGUGAAACUCUGUUGUCAGCUGUGCUGCAGCGUCUUUAAAGAUCCUGUCAUUACCACAUGUGGGCAUACAUUCUGCAGGAGAUGCGCUCUCACAUCUGAAAAGUGUCCGGUGGAUAACGCCAAACUGACGGUGGUCGUGAACAACAUCGCUGUCGCCGAGCAAAUAGGGGAGCUUUUCAUUCACUGUAAAUAUGGCUGCCACCCCUCCUCCAAUGGCAAGCCCGUUACGUUUGAGGUGGAUCCUCGCGGCUGCCCUUUCACCAUUAAAUUAAGUGCCAGAAAGGACCAUGAAGGGAGCUGCGAUUACCGACCGGUUCGUUGUCCUAAUAACCCCAAUUGCCCCCCGUUAUUAAAGAUGAACUUGGAAGCUCAUUUAAAGGAGUGUGAACACAUCAAGUGCCCUCAUUCCAAGUAUGGGUGCACCUUUAUAGGGAACCAAGACACCUACGAGACGCACCUAGAAACCUGCAAAUUUGAGGGGCUGAAGGAAUUCCUGCAGCAAACAGACGACCGGUUUCACGAAAUGCAGGUGGCCAUGACGCAGAAGGACCAGGAGAUCGCAUUCCUGCGCUCCAUGCUGGGCAAGCUCUCCGAGAAGAUCGACCAACUGGAGAAGAACCUGGAGCUCAAAUUCGAUGUUUUGGAUGAAAACCAGAGCAAGCUGAGCGAAGACCUGAUGGAGUUCCGCAGAGACGCUUCCAUGCUGAACGAUGAGCUCUCCCAUAUCAAUGCCCGGCUCAACAUGGGAAUCCUAGGCUCCUAUGAUCCUCAGCAGAUAUUUAAGUGCAAAGGCACCUUUGUGGGACACCAGGGCCCCGUGUGGUGUCUGUGUGUGUACUCCAUUGGCGACCUGCUCUUCAGUGGCUCGUCGGACAAAACGAUAAAGGUGUGGGACACGUGUACGACCUAUAAGUGCCAAAAGACCCUGGAGGGACACGACGGCAUUGUACUCGCUCUCUGUAUUCAAGGAAGCAAGCUGUACAGCGGCUCCGCGGACUGCACUAUUAUAGUUUGGGACAUACAAACCCUGCUGAAGGUUAAUACCAUCCGAGCGCACGAUAACCCAGUUUGCACCUUAGUGUCGUCCCAUAAUAUGCUGUUCAGCGGCUCCCUGAAAGCCAUCAAGGUGUGGGACAUCGUGGGCACAGACUUGAAACUAAAGAAGGAGCUGACGGGCCUAAACCACUGGGUGCGGGCGCUGGUGGCCUCCCAGAACUACCUGUACAGCGGGUCCUACCAAACCAUCAAGAUCUGGGACAUCAGAACGUUGGAGUGUGCCCAUGUCCUGCAGACAUCGGGGGGCAGCGUGUACUCCAUCGCAGUAACCAACCACCACAUAGUGUGUGGGACAUACGAGAACCUUAUACAUGUCUGGGACAUUGAAUCCAAAGAGCAAGUGAGGACGCUGACAGGACAUGUUGGGACAGUCUAUGCGCUGGCUGUCAUAUCCACACCGGAUCAAACCAAGGUUUUCAGUGCCUCGUACGACAGAUCGCUGCGGGUCUGGAGUAUGGACAACAUGAUAUGCACCCAGACGCUGCUAAGACAUCAGGGUAGUGUCACCGCUCUGGCAGUGUCACGGGGGCGCCUCUUCUCUGGUGCAGUGGACAGUACAGUGAAGGUCUGGACUUGCUAAAUGGUGCGUGCAAAGCCCAAGGCAGACUCAGCAAAUCAUGUCCCAUAACCUGGCAUUUAUACCGCUGCUGGUUGGAGGAUCUGCCACAGUGCCAGCCACGUGUUUGCAGCAGACUUUUUUUUUAUACUUCACAAUGGACACUUUGGGCUGGCAGACCUUUUAGGCCGGGCUUGGAAGGGCGUUCACGCAAAAUUGGGAGACACUGACUUUCUUCAGGCUGGAUUGUCCUUAUUCUGCUCCUGUGAUGCUGAAACUCUAAGCUGCUUUGCAGAGGGGUGAAACCUUCACUACUGCUCGUGUACUUGUGUAAAUAGCCUGCAUCACUAGCACUUUCCAGUGUGAGGAAGGGACUCGGCUGCCACACUCACCAAACACAACCAAACCCACUCUCUUUAGCUGCAGCUUUUACCUUCUCCUCAAGCAACCUAAUACUGUGGGUCAGCACCUGUGGGGGCAUCUCCUGGCACCACAUACUGUAGUUGGUGUGUUUGUUCUACAGCUUGGCACCGUCAGGCAGAGGGAAGGUUUCGCUCAAUGUGAUUUCUUUACACUAAGGAUGCAAUUACUGUGAUAUAGAUAAUUACGGGGCAGUCUGAAUGCCAAACCCUUCUGGUAGGCUCUUUCCAGAGGAGACCGAACACCCUGUCAUAUCUGGGUGAUUGUCCGCGUUAGUGUCCAGACUAUUUACAGUAUGAGUGAGAUAGAUAAUCUGGAAGUAUCUUCUUUACUGCAAAUCAUGAAGCCAAGUGUUUGUAUAGCAAAGGAUGAGAGUGUGGGGUCCCGGUUAGCGCAGACAAUGCUCGUCCAGUCACCGUGUAAUCUUUAUAGUCACGGUUUUGUACGUUGUACUUGUGCAAGUGAUGGAAGCCGCGCCGUAAGCACCACAUAUGCACGUUCUUUCUAAUAACUAUGUACAUAUGGGGCCCCCCACAAAGGACUUUGAAUAAUGAAAUGGUGCUGUAAUUUCCUUCCCUUGACGGCGUUGCCAAAUCUGCAGGGGUCCAUAGCGAUGUGAGUGUUAUACACUGACCCGCAACACUAAUGCAUCUUCCUCAUUGGUGGUCUCACAUCUAUACAAACAGCCUCGCAAGCACUCCGGUCACACAGGACUGUGCAGAAACUGGUAUAUUUAAUGUGAGAAUCCCAUCACUUUCCAAGCAUUUGACAGCAGCCAAUAUCCCAGGUACGCUUAUUCCCAUAUCUCACCUAGUCCGACUCCCCAACCUCCCACUCCACAUGCAAUGAUAUCCAUUUAUAGCUCACUGUUUUCUACUGUUUUUAAGGCCUGUAUGAUAGAAUGACUGGACAACUGAUUAUUUCCUUUCUAAUAAAAUUGCAGCUAAGGCUGUCGCCUCAUUGGUUUCCAAAGA